AGAGAUAAACACUCAAACUGAAAGCUCUCCGCGACUGGCGAUCAGACAUCCUGAACAUCUCUUAGAACUGUGUUGAAGACGACCGACUCGGCGGAACACGUGGACGCUAGCCAUGAAAAUCGCCAUCAUUGGAGCAGGAGUGAGCGGUUUGACCUCCAUAAAAUGCUGUUUGGACGAAGGGCUCGAGCCAGUUUGCUUUGAGAAAUGCUCCGACAUCGGGGGACUCUGGAAAUUUUCCCAACAUGUGGACGGUUCGAGCGGUUCGGUUUAUGAAUCUACAGUCAUCAACACUAGCAAAGAAAUGACCUGCUUUUCAGAUUUUCCAGCACCAAAGCAUUUUCCGCCAUUUAUGCCUCAUGGUCAUGUGAUAGAGUACCUGCAUAUGUAUGCAAAGCAUUUUGACCUCCUCAAACACAUUCACUUCAAUGCUACAGUGCUGGACAUCAGCCGAACCUCAGACCACCGGAAAACAGGACACUGGAAAGUGACUUUCGCGAAUGGCGAGGGAACUGUUUACGAAACUAUUUUCGGCGGCGUAAUGAUCUGCAAUGGUCACCUCUCAAAGCCAUUUACCCCAAACUUCAACGGAAUUGACAGAUUUCAGGGACGCAAACUCCACAGCCACGAGUAUAAAAGUUAUCGAGGAUUUGAAGGCAAAGCGGUCCUUGUCAUAGGUCUUGGAAACUCUGCCGCUGACAUUGCAGUUGAACUGAGCCGCCACGCCUCACAAGUUUAUCUGAGUACUCACCGAGGAGCCUGGGUAAUUUCACGCUUGGAGAAGCAUGGACUGCCCUGGGACCAGCACGUAGAAACGAGGUUCUUUCAAAGCUUUCCGACAAAGAUCAAGGAAUGGUUGGCUAUUCGUACCGCUCAAAAAAGGUUUGACCACGAGACGUACGGGCUCCGUCCCCAACACGGCAUUUUAAAUGCCCCCACGGUGAUUAGUGAUGACCUCCCUCUCCGUAUCGCCACCGGAACUAUCCAAUUGCAGCCUAAACUAUCUCAUUUUACGCAGAGUGGCGUCGUUUUCUCCGACGGUACUAGAGUCGAUAACCUGGAAGUUGUGAUAAUGUGCACUGGUUAUGACAUCGGGUUUGAGUUUCUAAAGGACAAGUAUAUCCUCCCAGUCGACGACAACCAGGUAUCCCUGUACAAACAAGUGUUCCCACCCCACCACCCAAAGUCAACCAUGGCUUUCAUGGGUCUGAUCCAGUCCUCUGGUGCGUUCUUCCCCGCGGCUGAGUUGCAAGCACGCUGGGUGACCCGCGUGUUUAAUGGGAAGGCUAGGCUACCUAGCAGAGAGCUCAUGUUGUACAACAUAGGACUUGAGAAAAGGAUGAUCAGGAAAACCUUCUAUGCCUCAAGGAGGCUCACAAUCCAGGUAUCCAGUAUUCCGUACAAGGACCAACUAGCGGAAAUUAUUGGCUGUAAACCAGACUUCAGACGACUCUUUUUCAGAGACCCUCUACUGGCCUUCAAGUGCUAUUUCGGGCCUUGCUGUGCGGCUCAAUACCGCCUUAUGGGGCCUGGUGCCUGGUCUGGAGCCAAAAAGACCAUCGAAGACACGUACAGCAACGAGAUGUUCCCACACGUGGGAAGAAGAAAUAAAACACCCACCAGUAUAUCACAAAGCGUGGUCAAAUUCCUCAAGUUGGUCUUCAUGUUUGUAACCGUUGCAACAAUUAAUGAAUUGUCCCAAGAUCUAAGAGGGGAAUGGGACGCAGUGGUUGGCUGGCUGAGGGCUGCACGAUAAGCUGUGGUACCCGGAUGUGACUACUCCUGCAUAAAGCCUCUGACCUGGGUAAAAUUGCCGAGGACACGCCUGAGUUCGGGCCAGAACUUCCGAUCGACUGAGACAACAUCUUGAUUCUGACAAUGUAAAUGACCGCAAGUUGAAGAGAGGUUCCAGGUCGCGAUCAAAAACAAAAAACGAAGAUAGUUAUUUCGAGAGAUAGCUUUCACGUUACUUCUUGAAGUUAAGAAAGUUCGAAUACUUCUGCCUCUAAGAACUAAACAGAUCUACAAACGACAAGGCAGUCUCUUUCAGGAAUACCGUAAAUAUUUUACUUGCGCACAUUAAGAUGCCAUGUAAUAUAAUGAUUUAGCGAUGACAAAAAAUGCAGGCGAGAAAAAACUCAUUAAUAGUAAGUUGACUGAAAUCGCAUGAGCAAUCGUACAUCUAUUUAUUGAAACCCACAAAAAAGGUCGCUCAUUGUACGUAUAUGAUAUAAAUUAAGCGUAGGAACUUAGGCGAAGAAAAUAAUCAAAUCUGCAACGAAAUGUAGCAUUUGAUAACAAAAAAAAAUACAGGCUUCCGCUUUUUGAAAGCU